CAGGAUGCACCACGAGGCAGACUCCGUUUCCCGUGGUGCUGUGCGCCGGGCAGCGCGGCGGCGGCUGCCGCCGCCUCCUGCUGCCGGGCCGCAGAUGCCGCUGGUGGCGGGGGGCUGCCAGGCCGAGCCGGGCCCGCCCGGCGGGCCGCUUCGGCAGCGGGGGUCCCGCCGGCCGCCGGGAGGGCCGACCCGGCCCUGCCCUCCCGCUGCCGCCGCCGCUCCGGCCCGCCCUCCGGCGGCCCCUGCGCGGGCCGGCGCCGCGCUGGGCCUCGUCACCUUGCUCAGCUUCGCCUCCCGCUUCUACCGCCUGUCGGAGCCGCCGCACGUCUGUUGGGAUGAAACUCAUUUUGGGAAGAUGGGAAGUUACUACAUUAAUCGGACCUUCUUCUUUGAUGUCCACCCUCCUUUGGGAAAGAUGCUGAUUGGACUUGCUGGCUACCUUAGUGGAUAUGAUGGUACAUUUCCUUUCCAAAAGCCAGGGGACAGAUAUGAGCAGCACAACUACGUGGGAAUGAGAGGGUUCUGUGCGUUCCUUGGCUCCUGCCUGGUUCCCUUCGCCUACCUCACAGUGCUGGAACUGUCCAAGUCACUGCCUGCAGCCUUACUCACAGCUUUCAUCCUUAUUUUUGAUACGGGCUGUAUUACUUUGUCCCAAUAUAUUCUGCUUGACCCCAUUCUGAUGUUCUUCCUCAUGGGAGCUGUUCUGAGUAUGGUGAAAUGUAAUACCUGUGCAGAUAGGCCAUUUUCCACUUCCUGGUGGUUCUGGCUGAGUCUGACUGGGGUGAACCUUGCUGGAGCAAUGGGGGUGAAGUUUGUUGGCCUUUUUGUAGUCCUGUUCGUUGGCUUGAACACAAUCUAUGAUCUUUGGGACUUGCUGGGGAACCUCAGCCUAUCUCUGGUCAUGUUUGGGAAGCAUUUACUGGCUCGAGUGUUCUGCCUGAUCCUUCUCCCGCUUGCCCUCUACACAACUAUGUUUGCUGUUCAUUUUGCAGUUUUAAAUAAAAGUGGGCCUGGGGAUGGUUUCUUCAGUUCUGCCUUUCAGUCCCAGUUGAUCGGGAACAAUCUUCAUAACGUCUCUGUUCCAGAGUACUUGGCGUAUGGUUCUGUGGUCACCAUGAAGAACCUUCGAAUGGCAGGGGGAUACCUUCACUCACACUGGCACCUCUACCCAGAGGGCGUAGGAGCCCGCCAGCAACAGGUCACUGCCUACUUGCAUAAAGAUUUGAAUAACCUGUGGAUUAUAAAGAAACAUGAUUCAAAUACAGCAGAUCUAUUAGACCCCUCCAGUCCUGUGGAGUUUGUGAGGCAUGGAGAUAUUAUCUGCCUGGAACAUAAAGAAACUUCUAGAAAUCUCCACAGUCAUCAGCAUGAGGCUCCCCUGACAAGGAAGCAUUUUCAGGUCACUGGCUAUGGAAUAAAUGGAACAGGAGAUUCCAAUGAUUUCUGGAGGAUUGAAGUGGUGGGCAGAAAGACUGGAAAGCACAUAAAAGUCUUACGGAGUCAGAUCCGGCUAACCCACGUGGCCACAGGGUGUAUAUUGGGAUCUUCUGGAAAGACGCUGCCAAAAUGGGGCUGGGAACAAGUGGAAGUUACCUGCACACCAUAUCUGAAGGAGACUCCCAAUUCCCUCUGGAAUGUUGAAGAUCAUAUCAACCCUAAGUUGCCCAAUAUCAGCCUGGAUGUUUUGAAGCCCUCUUUUGUAGAAAUUCUGCUAGAAUCCCACAUGGUUAUGAUCCGGGGAAACAGUGGCCUCAAACCAAAGGACAAUGAAGUUACAUCCAAACCUUGGCACUGGCCCAUCAACUACCAGGGGCUGCGUUUUUCUGGUGUCAAUGAGACAGAUUAUCGGGUUUAUUUGCUGGGAAACCCGGUUAUUUGGUGGCUGAAUCUAGUCACUAUUGGCUUGUAUCUUCUGAUAGCAAUUUCUACCACAGUAGCCCUGAGGAGAGGUGUCCAGCUGACAUCUGAACUCAGAGAACUGUCCCAAGUCUUGUUGUGUGGCGGAGGGCGGAUUACGCUGGGCUGGCUCCUUCAUUAUCUCCCUUUCUUUUUGAUGGGCCGAGUUCUCUACUUUCACCACUACUUCCCUGCCAUGCUUUUUUCCAGCAUGUUGACAGGAAUCACCUGGGACACACUACUGAAGUUCUGUACUGGCUUCCUGCCAUCCAGCACUACAGCUAGAAAAGUAUAUGGAGGGGGAAUCCUGGUACUGUUUCUACUCAUCAUGUACAGCUUCUACCUCUUCCAUCCUCUGUCCUAUGGCAUGAUAGGACCCAUGGCCUCAGACCCGAGCAGCCCCAUGGCAGGGCUCCGAUGGAUGGAGUCCUGGGAGUUCUAGAGCCAGCAACGGGAGCAUGGAAGCAGAGACAGAAAUGUGAGAUCUGCUGCAUGGCAGGCUGAUUCUGGGGCUUUGGAGACAUGUGACUAUAAAAUGCCUUCUCUGGAGAACUCUGGAUCUAGUAGCCCUGUUGGUUUGACUUUAGUUUGCACUGUCUGCUUUGGAAGAUGAAGAGGGUGACUGUGAGAAGGCUCUCUGAGGAGGACUCAAGUCAUGAAUCUUUACGUUAUGUUUCUGGGCAACUGGCUAUUUAAGUCUCAGUUCUUAUGAGCAAUAUACCAGCAUCCUUUACAGUCAAACAGCAGUGGUGUUCCAGGAGUGAGACCAGUACAAGUUGUAGGGUGUGUGUUGUCUCAUAUUCACAUGUGUGGAUGUGUGUGUGCAUGUGUGUCUUCUUUCUUGUAAUCCAAGUACCAUUGCGGUUUGGGAGCCAGACAGUGUCUGAGACAUGAGGAUUUUUUAUCAUGUUUAACAGCCUUUAUUAUAGUGAGGUUUUUUUAAAAAAAGCUUCAUGUAAGUAUCUGGGGAUCUCUAUACCACUCUGCCCUGGCUGUCUGCAUUUUUUGUGCCCACCCUGUACUUUUAGAAUUUGACUGAACUGGAAGGGUGUCCACUUGAAAUCUCCCUGAGCCACUGUGCCUUGCCUGUCUCUCAGGCCCUUUGCAGACAGAGGUGGUGGAGGUUGUUUGUUUAUCUCUGUAUAUUGCCUUGCCUUCUGGACACCUUUAACCGUAUACAGUGAUUACCUAACAAGCCUCUACUCACACUUGGACUGUUCCAGCUCACCACUUUGCAGUUUCAUACAGAACUGCAAAGAAGCUACGAAGGAAAUUAUAAUAGAAGCAGCAGGUAAUUUAUUUCCCGUCCCAAUGUACGGUGAAGACUGGCCCCCUUGGGGAUGUGCUAGGAAUUAAAAUGCUAGCUUGGAAAUUGUACUGACAGCUGUCAUUCACCUUUUGAUCCCAGCUUUUCCAAUGCCAGUACCUAUACUUUUAGGAGGAAGGUGUCAUCUUAAUGAAUGUGACAACUGCAAAACUGGCUGUCUGUGCCCAAAGCACUUGCACACCGUAUUGCUGUACUGAGCAAGUUCCCUCUCAUAGAUAGCUGACUGUUGAAUUACUGCAUUGAAGAAAAUGUCAUACGAGGCAAAACUUCUUUGUGUUAGGUGUCAAGAGCCAUUGGAUGUUGAAUCCACUGCUUCCUAGAAAGCAGAACACUUUUUUAAAAUCAGUUAUUGAUUCCUUUUUCCUCUGUUAUGCUCCUUUUUGUGGGCCUUUUAAAUGUUUCUUUCAUUCAGUCUCCCACCCUUUGCCCAAAUUUCAAUUUCUUGUCACAGUAUACUGUUACUACAUUGUAGCAUCCAAAGCAAAUGAAACUUAAACCCCAGCUGUGUUUGUGUCAAGAAGUAAUAUUUUGUAUAGGUAUCAAGGAACUCAGGCCUGUCAUUUCAGAGUCCUUGGUCCACUUCUAAGGCUCGCAUCAAAAUGAUGCGUACCGAGAAAGCAACAGGUGAAUGUGUCUGUUUUCAAACAUGAAUUGUGCAUUCUUUCUCUUACUGAACCUAGAACUCUAAUGUAUUUCCUGCCGCACAGAAGGGCUUUGUGUUAUCAUCCCCAAGAUAGUUGUUUUGUGUGCAGGACUGAGACUCUAAUCAGGCUUGAUUUCAUUCCUCUUUAAUAGAGGAUCCAUAGGACUGUUAGGAUCCAUAGGACAGUAAGGCAGCUGCUUGCUAUCGUAAGGUUCUGGCUUGGUGUGUCACAUCUCCCUCCAGAAGCUGACUUCUGUAGAAACUAACUCAGAUGGUAUGGAUGUAUGCUUUUGGUUCUAAAGGUUUUGAAUUAAUCACCUGCUGAUAAUUCAUGGUGAGAAGUCAUUAUGCUAAUUAGCUGCUAGGUUUGAUGAUUCUUUUCCAUUUGCUACUGCAGAAAGUGCUCCCACCUGCCUAAGCCAGGGCUUCACAGAGAUGAUACAUAGGCAAGAAGGGUGAGGGAGAAGGCUGCAAAUUUCCUCAAAUCCUGCCUUGUCUGACAAGAGUUAAAGCAGCAGCUGCAAGUUGUUAGCUGUUGGCAACAUGACAGGCAGACAGUGUGCUGCUGCAUUUGUAGCAAUGUGAUUCAGCAUCCUCUCCUCCUGGUGAGAUUAUCUGCUUAAUGCCUUGGUAUCAUGAAUAUGAGCUUUUCCAUACAGUGGUCCCAUUGCCAUGGGGAGGAAUUGCCACAGCAGCUGAUAAAAGGCAUGGAUUAAAGACAUGGAUUUUUCAGCACAUGUGAUCACACACUGCCAUGAACACUAAUUGGAAAAACUAAGAAAUUUGUGUUUUGAAAUGACAGUUUCUAAAGUUCUUUACCUGUCAACUUAAAUCUAUGGGGAGUUAAAAAUCAGCUCAGUAACCUCAGUUACUGCAGUGGUUAUGAAAAAGUCAGCUUUGUAGGAGCUGCCUGAGGAAGAUGAGCCAGUGUGUUCCUUGGUCAGAGCCCUGUCUCCUCUGUUGCUAAUAAUCUUUCUAGCAGAGAUGGCAGCUGAGUUUAGAUGGACCAGCUGAAAGUGGCAACUGUCAUACUCACAUUCAGGUUCCUGUGUACAAACUCAGCUUCUGUUUCAAUACAAAUAAAGGGUUAUUUUAAUUUAGCAUGGACAAUUUGGAAAUUUGCUGUUGAGAGCACUUGGUUAGCAUUGGGGCUAAUUCAUAUCUUAGGUCUUGUGUGCUAGUGGUGGGAUGGAGGCAUACAUUGGAAAAAAAUCUAGAUAUUCCACAAGAGGGAGCAGCCUCCAGCAGGAUUUCUUUUUUCAUCUGGAAUUAAGAGUAUUAAAAGGUCUACAUUUGAAGACUAGAGGGCAGACAUUAAAAGGGCAUGCAUUUCAUCUGCAGCCUCUGGAGUCCACAGGAUGGAUUUUCAAGGAAGUGUAAAUUGAUGUUGCUCUGUUUUCUUUCAGUAGAGAAAAACUGAGGAUUUAUCUUAGCUGAGAAUUUCUCCCUCAAUAUUUGCUUCUCAAAAAAAAAAAAAUCUGUCAGGCUGUAGCUGAAAACAAAAUAAUAGCCUAUAUUUUGUGAGGCCAGUAAAACAUAAUGUUGCUGAUCCCCUUCCUGAUUCUGGCACUAUAUUAAAUGUCUUGGAGUGGUGCAGACAUGAAGCAAUGGGAGUAGGGCACUCUCUUUGCUUUCUGAGUGCAAUUUGAGCUGUUUCAGUUCAGUUUUUCCAUUCCUGUUUGUGGAAUGAGUUCGGGUUUAUCUUGAGGACUGCUUAUUAGUCCUCUUCCCCGGUCAUGUGGAAAAUAGCUAACGGUGCUUUCCAAGGCCAGAAGAUGCUGCUCUCCAGAGCAGCUGCUGUCUUUGAGGUUUGCCUGACAGGGCUCCUUUUAUUGCUAGCAAAGUAUUUCAUCAAACUGUGUAUCUAUGGAAUCAAAUUGCAAAAAGCUGUAGGCUUCCAGGUUCCUAGUUCAGAUUUUUUUCUGUGUAAACUCUGUUUUCACCUCUUCAGUCUUUAGUAGAUAGACAGGAGGGCUCUAGGCACAUCCAAUUUAUCCUAGACAAUCCGUCCAUCUGAAAAAGGCUUUGUUAGCAGUUGCUUCAGGGCACUCGUACCCACCUCUUCCCACAGCAGCAGCUGGCCUAUUUCCAGGGAGUGGGCUACUCAUACUAUGAGACAGAGGUGUGACUUUGAGGAGGAUUUGAAUGAUGAUUUCUUUGCCAAGGCCGCCUUUGCUCCAGGUGGAAGAUUUGGUGUGUCAUGGACUGGUCACCAGCAUUAUUCAUAGGCCUGUGAGUGGGAAAGCCACCACCGGUAUGGUCUGCAGAGAAUUUUCUUUUUGCGUCUUAAUUGGAUGGACUUGUUGUUGCAUAUACUACAUAGUGCAUUAGUAUCUACCUUUUUGUAUCCCCAUUCUGUUCCUUCUACUUCUUUAAGUACUGCACAAAGUACAGGAUACUUCUUUGCUUCUCCUCUGGUCUUUAGGCUGUGUUUCCAUUUCUUACAAAGCAUGUCUGAAUAAAGGGUAGGACUGAAUGCCUUAUAGUAUCCUGAGUGAAUAAAUACCUGUCACAUGCACUGACAGCAAAUCCAGACCCUCGUUACAGAAAGGUAAAAAGAUGUGUUGUUUGAGAGUUUGUAGGGCAGGGUUUUUCUGUGAACUGUCCCUCCUGUGUACCUCUGGCAAUCUUCUUCAGGGGACUUGAGUGUGAACCAACUGUCAGUGUGGAAACACAGACGUUUACCUGAAGCUCUCAGUUGUUGCUGGGCUUAGUGACUUUCCUUCCAGAGCUAUGCCUGUGUGACUUAGGCUCUGGGUUGGCACUCUCGGUGCAAGUACCAUUAGAACACUGUUUCCUCCUCUCAAGUCCCUGCUGGCGAUGUGAACAUCUCAGCAGUGGCCCAGCAUCUCCACCAGCUGAACGUAGCUAAGAUUUUUCCCCUUUACAGCAAGUGACCUCUCUGCCACUGGCCCAGUGUGUAUUGUGAAAGAUAAAAUGUGUGAACUGUUACAACAUCAUAAGGCUCUUUCUGGCUGGGAAGGGAAAAUUGGGGAUAAGAAGACUACCUCCACAGCACACUUGCUGCCUUUAGAGAGCUUGUGGGUUGCAAGCAGUCAGGACUAAAAAUUGGCCUUUUAUUCAAGGAACUAACAGCUGGGUUUCAUGGUUGCUUAUGAGUUGCUUUACUUAAAUUCCCUCAAGCCCUUUUCCUUGGAUCUCAAGGGCUAAGUUGAGGUAGAGGAAGUAUUAGUGCUAAACCCACUCCUGCUGAAUUUGUAUUUGAUCCUAAAACUUUGGCAAGUGAAUUUAUUGUGUUUUACAAGGGGAGCUGCUUAGAGCCUAACUUAAUUCAAGAACUUAGCUGUGACUAAAUAGGAGUUUGGAGCAGUGGUGGUGAGAGGGGUUCUUUUGUAAUUUUGUCCUGUAUUAUAAAUUUUUCUUACUAAUGCUGCUAGUACUCAUGUCUGUCUGUCUGCAUCAGUCCAUGAACCGACUGUCUUCUAAUGCUUCUGAGGUAUGGUUACUGCACUGUACAGUAGGAAUGGGAGAAUGCUUUCUUGAGCUAUAAUCUGUUUUGUACAGGAACUUGUGGAAAAUGAGGUAGAAUUUGGAAUUUAAUUUUGUAAUAAAUAGUUCUUCUUUCAAACACUC